AUGGGUAGCCCUUUGGCUCCCAUUUUGGCCAAUUUGUUUAUGAAUGAAUUAGAGAAAGAAAUUGAUAAGUAUACGGGUAAAAAACCUGAAAUUUACCUACGUUACGUUGACGAUAUCUUUUCUAUUAUUCAUGGCACUCAAAAAGAUAUUGCCAAGUUUGUAAAAUUUAUGAAUAAAUUAGAUCCAUCUAUUAAAUUUACAGUUGAAGUUCAAAAUAGCAAUAAACUACCGUUUCUGGAUGCUUUACAAAGACGAAAAGUUGGUUAUACAUACGAUAUUAGUACGUCAAGUCAAAAUUAUUACAAAAAUCGUUAUAAAGACGUCUUACCAUACGAUCAAACACGUGUAAUACUUAAAAAUUGCAAUGAUACAGAUUAUAUUAAUGCAAGUUUCAUAAAUAUGCCGAUUACAACAACUGAUGUGGUUAAUCGUUAUAUAGCAACUCAAGGUCCAUUGCCAAGCACAUGUGAAGCAUUUUGGAAAAUGAUUUGGCAAGAAAAUUGUUCAUUAUUAAUUAUGUUGACAACAUUAUACGAAAGUGGCCGUGUAAAAUGUCAUCAAUAUUGGCCAAAUAUUAAUGAAAUAAUUGAUUAUGGUACAUUUACAAUUAAAUGUCGGCGAGAAACAAAAGAAAAUUUAUUACUAUACAGAGAAUUUACAUUUAUACAUAAAAAAUUCAAUGAGGAACGUACAAUAUUUCAAAUACAAUUUGAAACAUGGGCCGAUCAUGGUAUUCCAUCGGAUUAUUCAACAUUUAUUGAUUUAGUAUUUCAAAUACGUGACCUUCGACGAAACAAACAAGUACCAGUUUUAGUUCAUUGUAGCGCUGGUAUUGGAAGAACAGGAGUUUUGAUUCUAAUGGAGACGGCUUUAUGUUUCAUUGAGAGUGGCCAGCCUAUAUUUCCAAUUGAUAUUGUUAAACAAAUGAGAGAUCAACGAAUGGGAAUGAUUCAAACUACUAGUCAGUUUCAAUUUGUUUGUAAUGCAGUAUUGUACGCAUACGAAAAUGGACUUGUAAACGUUUGUAGUUGA